GGCUGUCACUAAUUUCAAUUCAUGAACAAGUUUGAGUUAUUUAAUUAUUUUGGAUUCAAUCAUCUUCUUUUUGUGUAAUUGCAAUUUGCAACGAGCUUUCCUUCCCUUUGUUUUCUGAGAUCUGAAAAAAAAUGGCUUACAAUCUUCAACCACUCAUCACUAUUCUUGAGGGAAUCCUUGAUCCUGACCAAACACUAUGGAUUGUUGAUGAAAACAACCCUCAGAUCCAGUCCCUGCUCGACAAAGCUACAUCUCUUCAGCAGCUCCUUGAUAGUAAAUCAUCACUCACCAAACUAGACAGCAAAAUAAGAGAAGUUGCACAUCAAGCUGAAGACAUCCUUGAAUACCACAUGGUUCACAUGCUCCCUGAUCCCAGGUUCUUUGCACCUACUCAUGUGAGAUUCACUUUAUCCACACCAGAUCUACAACAAGUAAUACGGGAACUUGGUUCUGUUAUGGAGCAAGCUGAGAAGCUCAUGGAGAUGGAGGAAAGGAAGAUGCCACGAGAGCUUGAUUCAUCCAGUUCAUCCGGUUCCAAGAGUGCUGUGGUGGUGGGAAUUGAUGAAGAUCUGAUGCAGCUCAAGGAUCGGCUGACCCGUAUGGAGAAGAAGCUGGAGAUCGUCCCCAUCGUUGGUAUGGGUGGUGUAGGUAAAACCACUCUUACUCGAAAGCUUUAUGAAGAUAAUAUGAUUGUUGAAUGCUUUCAUUGUCGUGCUUGGGCCACUGUCUCACAAGAUUACAAUAUGCGACAAGUUCUCAAAAGCCUUCUUCGUUGCAUAACUGGAAAAGAUUGUGAUCAACCUACUAAUGAGUUAAAAGAUAUGUUGUAUAAGAGCUUGUUCGGUAGAAAAUACUUGAUUGUGUUAGAUGAUAUAUGGAGCACCAAAUUCUGGGAUGAGAUUAGGAUGUACUUCCCGGACAACAACAACGGGAGUCGCAUUGUGAGCACCACUAGGGAAUCUGAUGUAGCGAACUAUGCUAACUCUUUGAGUCUGCAACAUCAGGUGCGGUUGCUUAGCGAGUCUGAAAGUUGGAAUCUGCUUCACCAACUUGUGUUUGGAGAAGAGGAGUGCCCUCUUGUAUUACAAGAGAUUGGUCGAAAGAUCGCCAAGGAUUGCGGUGGGCUUCCUCUAGCCAUAAGUGUGAUUGGAGGAGGGUUGCUAUGUAAGAUGGAAAGAUCAGAAGAUGUUUGGAGGAAAAUUGGGGACAAUGUAAUGGCAUCAAUUUCUGGAUUAGACGAGCGAUGCUAUAGUAUCUUGUUUUUAAGUUAUAACAACUUGCCGAAUCACUUGAAACCAUGUUUCUUAUACAUGGCAGCUUUCCCAGAAGACUACGAGAUUAAAGGCUCCAAACUCGUAUAUAUGUGGAAUACAGAAGGAUUUGUAAAAUCAAACGGGGAAAGAAGUUUGGAGGAAAAGGCAAAGGAUUGGCUAAAGUCUCUAGUCGAAAGAAAUCUAUUUUUGGUAAGUGAAUACAAUAAGAACUAUUACCGAUUGAAACCAAAGAGUUAUUAUAGCAUGCAUGAUAUGUUGAGGAUAUAUGCAUCAGGAAAUCUGCUGAACGGUCCCAGCCAUUUCAAUGUCUCUAAUCCACGCCGCGUGAGUUUUCACAACUUUUACCAAUUGGAACAUGUUAAUGAACCAACAGACUCAAUGGAACUAACUCGAUCUAUUAUAUGCAUCGGUUUUCAGAAAGCAGAGUAUUCAUCUGGUGCAUUUUUCGCGUCAGUAAUGGUAAGGGUGUUGGACUUAAUGGAUAUGGAUUGCGAUAGAUUCCCAACUGAAAUAUAUGAACUUGUCAACCUACGCUUCUUAGGUGUCGGGUUCCGUUCAAGUAUUCCGAGAGGAAUAUCAAGAUUGUGUAAUUUGCAAACCUUGAUUGCUCCUCGUUCCAGGUUUGAUGAGCCAGCUGAGCUAUGGAAGCUCUCCGAGUUAAGAAAUGUCAAGGUGCGUGGAGCUGAGUGGUUAAAAGAUGAGGAAAGGAACUAUAGUGUCAUGAAGAAGCUGCAAAGGAUUUCAUUUAAUAUUUGGGAAGAGGAGGCAACAACUUGGGAUGAUUUCCACAAAAGUAUUCCAAAUAUUAAAAAGUUGUUUGUUAGUAAUUUCCUCAGAACAUCCAGGGCAAUGGAUCUUAGCCAACUUCACAAGCUCGAAAGUUUAAGUUGCUCUAAAAUUAGAAGUAUAUCCUCUCCAGACGGUUUCGGUCGUUGUUUCAGAGUUAUAUUUCCUUGUAAUAUUAGAAAAGUAAUUCUGAUGGAGUGUGAAAUGAUUUUGGGAGCGUGGAGGACUUUGUGCGCACUACAAAAGCUGGAAGUGCUCACGAUGUUGGACUGCAAUUUUGUAAGCGAGGAGGAGAAAUCUGAUGAAGAGUGGGAGUUAGCAUAUGGAGAUGAGUUCCCCUCACUACACUUUCUAACUCUUGACCUUUUUAGUCUAGUGCGUUGGAUAGCCAAUGAGACCAAUUACCCUGUACUCUGCCACCUCCGUCUAUCUGUCUGCCAGAAACUAGAGGAAAUCCCAAGCGGCAUUGGAGAAAUCCCAACACUCCAAUUAAUCGAGUUGUUUAAAUGCAGCGAAUUCGCAGUGGCCUCAGCAGAAAGGAUUGUGGAGGAGCAAUCUGAAAAUGGAAAUGAUCUCAAACUUCGCAUCAUAACAGAGGAUGAGUCGUGAUCGUUCGCACUUCCAAAAGCCGAUGAGACGAAUUUCCCUAGAAAGAUGCAGCAAAUCUGCAGUUGCUUCAGCAGAAAGGAUUGUGGAGGAGCAAUCUGAAAAUGGAAACGACAAUCUCAAACUUCACAUCACAAAAGAUGCUUUUUUUAAUCUCUACAUCCUUUAUUAGAUUUCUCAGCUCAUUUUUAGUAGCCCAAACUGGAUCUCGCCCACACAGACCAUAACUUUCUUUAUCAGCCUGAUUUGGAUUGUGAUGUAGUUUGAAAUUUUUGUUUGAAGCCCAAAUAAUUUCAUCUAUACUACUACUAUUAUUUAA